AACGCUGGACAAACAUUCCUUUGUUAGUAAAAAUCUUAAAAUUAAUAAUAAAUGAACUCUCUAAUGCAAUGGAGGCAAAUGCAUCUAGACAGACAACUGCAGAUUGGAGCCAAGAUGAUUCGAAUGAUAUGUGGGAAGAUCAGGAAGAAGAUGAGGAUGAAGAUGAAGGUUUAGCAGGACAGUUCUUAUCAGAUAUUCUUUCCACAAACAAGUAUGAUGAGGAUUACUACGAAGAUGAUGAAGAGGACGAUCCAGAUGCAUUAAAGGACCCUCUUUACCAAAUAGAUCUCCAGGCCUAUCUCACUGACUUCCUCUGUCAGUUUGCGCAGCAGCCCUGCUAUGCAAUGUUUUCAGACCAUCUCAAUGAGAAUGAAAAGCGAGUGUUACAGGCCAUUGGUAUCUAAACCCACCCGAGAGACCACACCAAUCAUAUCUGAACAAUUUUUUUUUUUGGCUUAUUCCACGUUUUAUGAUUAAACAUAAAACAUUUUCCAGUGUCUGCCUGCUUGUUACAGGUGGAUGACGGCUUCGUUGCGAUGUAUCGAGCCUCAUCUUAACACGAAUCUGCUAAGGGAAGGAAUACUAAGAAAGCAGCAAGGACAGAAGUCAGUAGAGCUUUGCACAUUGGUCUCACCAUGGGAGCACUUUCAUUUUCCACAGUAACUUUCCAGGAGGUUCUUAAAGAUAAAAAAGAUGUGUCCUUAAUAUUUUUAAAAGCAAACUGUCUCUACCUGUGAGUUUCCCUCAGCACAGUUGGACAGAGAAAGGAAUUGGGUCACUUACAGAUUGCUUGGAUGUAUCUUGAGAAAUUGGAAGGUUGUUCCUCUUCGCGCUUGCAUAACACAUACAGG